UAUUUUUGACAGAUUAAGGCUAUUGACAGGAGCUGACACUGUUGGAAGGCGGAGGGAACACUUUCGCUUGCGAGUUAUUUAAUAUCAGUUCUGUGUAGUAACUCGUAUCUUGAAUUCGAUGGCUUGUUUAAAUGUCCUACGCUUGUUGGCCUUUACGUUCUUGUAUGUUCAUCUUGGAUAUAUCAACGAAGCUCUAGCAACUGAAGGUAAACACUGGGCACUCUUGGUGGCGGGAUCCAACACUUGGGGAAACUAUCGCCACCAGGCUGACAUUUGUCAUGCAUACCAAGUUUUGCAUAAGAAUGGUAUACCAGAUGAGAAUAUUGUUGUCAUGACGUAUGAUGACAUUGCAUAUAAUGAACAAAAUCCUACACCAGGCACAAUCAUAAAUAAGGUUGGUGGUCCAAAUGUCUACAAAGGAGUUGUCAAAGAUUACACCAGAAAAGAAGUGACACCAGAAAAGUUUCUUAGGAUACUUAAGGGAGAAAAGUCUUUAAUGAGGGAAUUUGGCUCUGGCAAAGUCAUUGACAGUGGACCUGAUGAUCACGUUUUUGUGUAUUUUUCUGAUCAUGGAGCACCAGGACUUGUUGCUUUUCCAGAAGGAGAGCUGAUGGCAAAUGACUUAAAUGAUGCCAUUCACUACAUGCACACCAACAAAAAGUUCAAGAAAAUGGUCUUCUACAUCGAAUCUUGCGAGUCAGGUUCAAUGUUUAAUACUUUACUUCCUGACAACAUUAAAGUGUAUGCAACAACAGCAUCAACUCCGAACGAGUCAUCAUACGCUUGUUACUUUGACAAAAAACUGGAAACCUAUCUUGGAGACGUGUAUAGCGUUAAAUGGCUGGAAAACUCCGACUCCUCCAACUUGAGAGUCGAGACUUUGCUUCAGCAGUUCAAGAUUGUAAGAAGAGAGACAAAUACUAGCCACGUGCAAAAAUAUGGAGACAUGAGCUUCGAAAAUGAGGUCUUGGAAGACUUCCUUGGCGGACCGGAAAAGGUGGAGCAGAAUGUCCUUCAAAACCAAGCAAAAAUUAUACAACCUGAGUUCGAUGCUGUACCCUCUCCUGACGUUCCUAUUGCCAUUCUUGAACAUAAACUGGAAAACGCGAAAGACCCCGAAACAAAGAAACUUAUAAAAGAUGACCUUGAAAAAGAGAUAAAGAUGAGGUUAAAGAUUCAGGACACAGUUAGGCAGAUCGCUGAACAUGCCUCUCAGAACAAUCUUCAAAUUCAGCGUGUUAUCGAGAAAGCAGCAGUUCCACGUGACUACAUUUGCUACAAAAAAGCCAUAAAGGCCUUUAAAACCUUCUGCUUCAACUUCCAAGAGUACGAAUAUGCUCUUCGACAUGUGUAUGUGUUAUCAAAUCUUUGCGAGGAACACGUCCCAGUCGAAAGAAUUACUGAUGCAAUCACAAGCGUUUGUGGAACUUCAGCUUAACAAAGCAAACUGAGGUGGCAGUUCCCGAUAAUCAUUAUCAUUAAUCAUUAUCGCAGGAAUCCCUGCGCACCAUCAUGAGCUCUCUUGGAUGCUAUUUUUAGAAUCUUUGAUUCAUAUACAUUUGAUCGUUUGUAAUUGUGCAUGCGCAUACUGCGCGCGCUCUACGCUGUUUGCUCAUGAUGGUUACAGGCAUAAAUACCAGAGAUUCCUUCUCUUAGUUAAUUUUCUCUUGCUAUUAUCUAAAUUCAAUGCAUUUUUUGGAGAGUAUUUUGUAUUUUGGGGGUGCUUGUCAGGGCCGUAACUAGGGGGGAGCACAGGAAGCACGUGCAACCCCUCCCCCCAUAAAAGCUUAAGGUCCGCUCAUCCAUCUCCUUUUGCUUUAAAAUUGCAUGUAAAUGUUUUUUGAUUUAAAAGAAGACCACUGUCCAUCUGCACAUUGUAGCAUUUUUAAGAAGCACUCACCCCUCAUUCCCUUGUUUGUUUGUUGUUGUUGUUGUUGUUUUUCGUUUUUUUGUUUUUGGUUCUGAGUAGAGUUGUUUGUUGGUUCUCUCCUGUGCUUCAAGGGUUUCCGGGUUCUCCGGUUUCCCUCCCUCCGCAAAAAUCAACUCCUAAAUUCCAAUUCGAUCACGGAAUGAGGGCCACAGGUUUGUUAGCCACUGGCUCUUACUUGCUACCCUCGUGGGGAAAAAAGGACGUUAAACUUAGCGGGUAAGACGUUGAUGGUAGUCAGUAGAGUGCCAGUCAAUGUCGUGUCCAGUGUUCUUGUGAUGUUCAGCGAUGUGAUUGUUAGGAUCCUGUUUAUUAAUAAAGCGUUUGUGUUCAGUGAGUCUAUCGUUUAAGCACAUUAAAACAAAAGUAUGAUUAGUAUUAUCAUUAUGUUGAUCCAUUCUCUUUUAUAUUCUCUAUAAUAUUAAUGUAUUCUUAAUGUAUUCUUAAUGUAUCAGCUAAAUAAAGUAACAAACUUGCAUGCCCGUUGAGACCGUUUACAUUCAAUUGCUUGCUCCCGCGCGAUUCUCAAGUGCCGUUAUCCAUCCCCCAACAUUUCAGCUAGGUUUGAAAGCGUUUAGUUCAAAACCCACGUGUUUCUUUGACUCGUUCUUACCGGACCCUAACCAGGGGAGGGGGGUGCAUCGGGUGCUCGUUCACCCCCGGCCCCCCUUCCCCCCGUAAAGGCUAAAGGUUCUCUGAGUCAUUUUUAUUUCCUUUAACCAUCUGCAAAUUGUAGCAUUUUGAAUUAUCGCUUACCCAUUAUUAGAUGGUUUUUUCAUUUUUUUGGUUUCUACAAAUGGUAGGUCGAUUGCGUUAUUGCAUCCAUCAUAUCACUGUUAGUUUAGACAGCUUCGUUUCCAUUCCCUGUGCAAGACCCACCCUGCAAGACUCCUGGUUACGGCCCUGUAUUUUAUGGCAGCCCCCCUUUUUGUCAACACCCUCCCCUAGACAUAA